AUUGACAUAUCCUAGAUCUCAAUAUGACAGAAUCUAUAAAAGACUACCGAGUCAUAUCUGCCGAGAAGAAGCUUCAACAGCAGAGUAGGAUCCCGAAAGAAUGGCUUCUUCCCGAUAGCUACCUUGGAACUGCAAACUUAAUGGAUGUACCAUUGACCUGUGGAGUCUUGAGUAACGAAGAGUGUAACAUCACUUCCAACUUCGAUGCUACUGCAUUACUCGACAAGCUCAAAGCCGGCGAAUGGUCUGCAGAACAAGUCACAGUGGCCUUUUGCAAGAGGGCUGCUGUAGCUCAUCAGCUGACCAACUGUUUGACGGAGAUCUUUUUCGACGAAGCCAUUCAGCGGGCCCGCGAGCUUGACCGGGAGCGACAAUUGAAUACCGACAAAGACCUUCGACCUUUCCAUGGUCUUCCCAUAUCGCUUAAGGAUAGCUUCCAGGUGUCAGGACACGACACAUCGACCGGACUGGCAUGUUUUGUCAAUGAACCAGCAGAGGAACAUAGCGGUAUGGCAGCAAUGCUGGUCGAUCUGGGCGCUGUUCUCUAUUGCAAAACAAACCUUCCUCAGAUAAUCAUGAGUGGAGACACCGACAAUAACGUAUUCGGCAGAACAUUGAAUCCUCGCAAUACAAGCUUAACGGCUGGCGGAAGUACGGGUGGCGAGGGUGCUCUUCUCGCCCUCCGAGGAAGCAUUGUCGGUGUUGGUACAGACAUUGCUGGAAGCAUUCGUAUCCCUGCGGUCUGUAACAGGCUUUAUGGCUUCAGACCAAGUGUGGGAAUUGUACCACACAGCGGCGUGAGAGAUCUGACGGUCCCGGGAACGGAUGGUGUACGUUCGACAGCAGGACCCCUAGUCACAUCGAUUCGAGAUGCAGCACUGUUCCUGAAAACGAUCAUGCAGAUGGAGACUUGGAAAUAUGACAGUGCUGCGGUAUCAGUGCCUUGGACGAACUUGAGGCCCACCCAAAAAGUCAGGAUUGGUCUCGUGCUGGAUGAAGGCAUCUAUACUCCGUCGCCGCCGGUUCGGCGUGGCCUGAACAUGGCUGCUGAGCUCCUCCAACAGUCCGAAAACAUUAAGGUGGUUCCGAUCACUCUUCCCAGCAUCCAAGAGAUCUAUAGCGACACCAUCAAGUACUUCACACUAUUAGGAGGCCAACAUUACUAUGAGCUAUUUGAUCGUACCGGCGAACCAGAGAUACCCUCCCUCAAGGCUAUUGGGCUUCUCUCCAUGCCAGGUACUGACCUGCGUGGCUUCUUUGAUCUCAAUGUGCGCCGUCAAGCCGCAGCACGACAAUUUCAACAGCUCUUCCACGGAAAGAACCUAGAUGCGAUAUUGAUGCCUCCAGCACCACACACAGCUCUGCCUCACGAUCAAUGGACCUCGGCAACAUACACCGGCCUUUGGAACUACCUCGACUAUCCAGCAGUCGUGAUUCCUGUCGAUACAGUGUGCAAAUCCGAUCUUGCCGACGACAUCAGUAAUGCCAAAUAUGGCGCUGAGGAUGCUCGCUUGUAUAGUCUCUACACUGGACCUGAAGAUUACAAAGAUGCCCCGAUAUGCAUUCAACUGGUCGGAUACCAUCAUGCAGACGAGAAGUUGACUCAUACCGCCGCUUUGGUGGAUUCAAUCAUCAAUGGCAAAGCGUGA